GAUAUUUGGAUUUGAAAUACACUAUAGUAGUGUUCAUAUUCAAAGACUGAAUAUUCAUCUAGAAGGAGAGCAUAGUGUUAUGUACGAUGAUGAUGAUGAUGUUGAUGAAGUCCUAACCAAAGAAGCAAAUCAAACCUCGCAACUAUUAGAGUGGAUGAAAACGAACAGCCGUGACGAUUUCGCUAAGACACUCACGUACGCUGAAUUUCCAUUUUGGUUUGUAUGGAACAAGAAAAUAAAAGAAUGGACUGACCGUCAAAGGAAUAUAGCAUUUGGGAGAAUACAUCAUUUUACUCCAGCAGCGGGUAAUUUGUUCUACAUGAGGAUGCUUUUAAACAAAGCAACAGGAGCUACAUGUUUUGAGGACUUACGCACUGUUGAUGGAGUCAUAUAUUCGACCUACAAGGAAGCAUGUUUUGCCCUAAAUCUUCUUGAUGAUGAUAAAGAGUAUAUUGAUGCAAUAACCGAAGCAAGUCAAUGGGGGUCAGCACAUUAUAUGCGAAGAAUUUUUGUUAUGCUUCUUCUUUCAGAAAGUUUGUCAACGCCAAACCGCGUUUGGUCAGAAACGUGGCAUUUACUCUCCGAGGAUAUAUUAUACAUGCAGCAGAAAAUCCGUCAGGCACCAGAUUUUUCGAUGUCAGAGGAGCAAAUCAAGAAUCAAACUUUGUUUGAAAUUGAAAGGCUUUUGUUAUCUAAUGGAAGUUCUUUAACAAAUUUCCGUGAAAUCCCAUUUCUUGAUGAUAACAAUAUCCCAGCUGCGAUCAACAUGCUCAUAAGUGAUGAAUUAUGUUACGAUAGGCAAGCGUGUCAAGAGGAAUAUCACCGUUUGCUACCUAUGUUGAACAUUGAACAGAAGAAUAUAUUUGAGCGUAUAAUGGCUACAGUGGAUUCAAAAGAAGGAGGUGUUUUCUUUGUCUAUGGAUUUGGAGGCACAGGCAAAACGUUUUUAUGGAAAACUCUAUCUACUUACAUUCGAUCAAAAAGGGAGAUUGUCAUAAAUGUAGCAUCCAGUGCAAUGGCUGCAUUGUUAUUAGAAGGUGGUCGCACGGCGCAUUCUCGAUUUUCAAUACCAAUACAGGUACACGAGACUUCAACUUGCACCAUUACUCCUGAUAGUGAUAUUGCAGCUUUGUUAGAAGAAGCAAAGUUGAUCAUCUGGGAUGAGGCUCCAAUGAUGCAUAAACAUUGUUUCGAAGCUUUAGAUCGAUCUUUGAAAGAUAUUCUCAACCCUACCAAACCUUUUGGAGGUAAGACUGUUGUCUUUGGAGGCGAUUUUCGCCAGAUUUUACCGGUGGUCCCUAAAGGUAGUCGAGAACAGAUUGUUCAAGCUUCACUAUCUUCUUCGUCUCUGUGGAAUUCUUGCCAAGUUCUUUCAUUAACAAAGAACAUGCGACUAACUGUGGAGUCAGAUCCAUUAGAAGUGGAUAUCAUCAAAGAGUUUUCUGAGUGGAUAUUAAAACUUGGAGACGGUAAACUUUCUGAGCCAAACAACGGUGAAGCGGAGAUAGAUAUACCAGAGGAUAUGCUUCUCAAAGACUCUUUGGAUCCAAUCAAUUCAAUCGCACUUAGCACAUAUCCGUCUUUGCUUCAGAAUCUUGAUGAUGGGGACUAUUUCAAGGAACGUGCGAUACUUUGUCCUACUAAUGAUGUUGUUGAUGAGGUAAACAAUUACAUCAUGGACCUUCUUCCAGGAGAAUCACAUCAAUAUUAUAGUUCAGAUAAGAUCUGCAGUUCAGAUUCUUCAAGGACGAGGGACGAUGGUAUCUCAACAGAAUACCUUAAUUCAAUCAGGUGUUCUGGAUUGCCAAACCACCUUUUGAAACUGAAGAAGGGUGUUCCUAUUAUGUUGCUACGAAACCUUGACCAGCAAUACGGAUUGUGUAAUGGAACUAGGCUGCAAAUAACACGACUUGGAAAACAGAUCAUUGAAGCAAAAGUUCUCACUGGAAAUAACAUCGGCAAGAAAGUCUAUCUUCCAAGAAUGCUUCUGAUACCUACAGAUUCUAGAUUGCCUUUUCGGCUUCAGCGAAGACAGUUUCCAAUAGCACCUUGCUUUGCGAUGACUAUUAAUAAGAGUCAGGGACAAAGUCUAUCUCAUGUUGGGAUAUACUUGCCGAGACCAGUAUUUACACAUGGGCAACUAUACGUUGCGGUAUCAAGAGUCAAAAGCAGAAAAGGCUUGAAAAUUAUCAUCACUGAUGAAAAUGGUGAAAGGGUGAAGACAACAACUAACGUUGUCUACAAAGAAAUAUUUCAGAACAUAUGAGUUGCAGAUGGAGUGCUUUAAAGCUUGAGUUGCAAUUCUCGCUAUCUACAAUCUCAAUUACUAUCAAGAAGUGUUUUGUUGUUUAGUCAAUCAAACAAGCUUAAAAUCCUAUGUAAUUAUUCUUUUUCUUUUAGCAGACAGCUUAUUACGAUAGAACGUAUUUUAUUCAAUAUGUUUUUCAUCAUCA